GGCACCCACGGCGCUGGCCCUCAUCCUGGGUGAGUGACGAUGGGGACGUGGUGCCACGGGGGGUUGGUGGCCCUGUGUGACACCAGGACCGUGUCCCUUGCAGGUUGGUGGCUGGCGGCAGCGAGCGGAGCACAGCAUGUGCCCCGACCCUCCCUGUCGCUGCACCCCAGCCAGGGGGUGUCCCUGGGGGACGCUGUCACCCUGCGCUGCCACCUGCCCCCGGUGCAAGCCUGGGUCUGGCUGUACCAGGAUGGAGGUAGGACACAGAACAAGUACCAGGACAAGGAGCAGGAUGCGGUCGAGUUCUCCUUCGUUAGCACAAGCUGGGAGCACGCAGGGUCGUACCGGUGCCAGUACCACGUGUCUGAGCCACUGGGGACAUCGGAAAAGAGCGACCCUGUGGAGCUGGUGCUGACAGAUCGCAGGUUCCCCCCACCCAGCAUUUCUCUGAGCUCCGAGGGACGCGUGAUGGCAGCGAUCAACGUCAGCAUCCGCGUGGGGAGGGGGUCCAACGUCACCAUCCAGUGCUGGAACUGGGAUUACGGAUCCUCCUUCCUCCUGCACAAGGGUGGGAGCUCAGCCCCCAUCCAGCGCCAGGACCCCAGUGGGGGAGCAACGGCCACCUUCACCCUCUUUGGGGUCUCCCCAGCUGACACCGGCACCUACAGCUGCUCCUACCGCCCCUGGGGUCACCCCUUUGUGUCCUCACCCCUCGGGGACGGCGUGACACUGGAGGUGACAUCCCCACCUACACGUCCAGGUGACACUGCGGAAUCCCAUGGGAGCCUGGUUGUGGCAGUGGCAGGGGGCUGCGCCACUGCCCUGGCCUUCGGCCUCAUCAUCUUCUUCCUCCUGCCUGCCUGCAGACGGCGGAUACAGAGCACGGCCGGCUCUGGUGAACCCCUCAAGAGUUCCAAGGCCGAUGAGCUCCAGGUGCCGCCCGGUGACAACGAGGGGCUGACCUACGCUGAGCUGCAAGCUGUGACCCCCAUCUUGUGCCAUCCUGGGGCCAGAAUGGCCCCCCAACCCCCUGUUCUCUAUGCUGAGGUGGGCACUGGGCCUAACCCUAACCCUAAUCCUGACCCUGACCCUGACGCUGACCCUAACCCUAACAAAGUGCCACUUCCCUUUUGGGCUCCUGUUGCCACAUCAGGAGGUGACAUCACAGCAUCCUGUCCCAAAAGGGGAAUUGAAAGCAGCUCAACGCCGCUCCCUGUUCCCCACUGCAGCCUCGCCGUCCCCAAGCUGCUCCUGAAUCAUGGCACCCACGGCGCUGGCCCUCAUCCUGGGUUGGUGGCUGGUGGCAGCGAGCGGAGCACAGCAUGGUGCCACCUGCCUCGGUUGGAUGCCUGGGUCUGGCUGUACCAGGAAGGACGUUGGAGAUACAGCAAGUUCAAGUACAAGCAGGAGGACACUGCAGAGUUCUCCAUCUUGAGCACAAACUGGGAGCACGCAGGUCCGUAUCGGUGUCAGUAUCAGCUGGAUUGGUCAGCAGAGACAUCGGAGCUGAGCGACCCCGUGGAGCUGGUGCUGACAGAUCACAGCUUCCCCCCACCCAGCAUUUCCCUGAGCCCUGGACAACGUGUGGGGACAGGGAGCAACGUCAGCAUCCAGUGCUGGAUCCAGGGCUAUGGGGGCUCCUUCCUCCUGCACAAGGAUGGGUGCUCAGCCCCCAUCCAGCGCCAGGAGCUCCUCGUGGAGGACAAGGCCACCUUCACCAUCCUUGGGGUGACCCCGGCUGACAGCGGCACCUAUAGGUGCUCCUACCGCCCCUGGGCUCAGCGCUUCCUGUCCUCACCCAUUGGGAACAACGUGACUCUGGAGGUGGCACCCACACCUGCACCCCCAGGGGCGCCCAAACCUGCAGAGCCCACGGGUGCUGAGGAGCAGUCCCGUGCCAAUCUGGUGCUGGCACUGGUGAGGGGCUUUGUGGCUGCGCUCGUCUUUGGCCUCGGCGUUUUCUUCGUCGUCGAUGCCCGCAGCCUCUGGAUACGGGCAGAUCAGAGCCGUGGUUCCCCCGCGGUGACAACAAGCAUCUGACCUGCGCUGAGAUUCCUGCUGUGAGCCCUGGUCUCCGGCCACCCAGGCCAGCUGCCACCCCUCAGCCCCCCAUCAUCUCCCCCCGUGGGCACUGGGGGGCCCCCACUGAUACCCCCACGCCAAUGGUGCCUCAGUUUGAAGGGGCUCUGAAAGGCACGCAGCCCAAAUUCCCUGCUUGGAGCUCCAUCACAUCACCAUCCACCCUUUCAUCCCCAAAUCCCCACAAAGCUGACAUCCCCAAAUCCUCACCUCCUUCCCACACCCAUCAAAUCCCAGAAUUCUCCGCUCUCACCCCCAAAUCCUUCCUGAUCCCCCUCCAAUCCCAUCACAUCCCUUCAGACCCCAAGCACUCCUUCACCCGCCCCAAAACCCAACUCCAUUCCUACAAGACACCCAAAUCCUCCCCCAUCCACCCCACACUCGCACCAACUGCCCACCGACCCCACACCGCUGCCCCCCACCUCCACUCCGACCCCCUGCAGAUCCCACCCAGCGUCUCCCUGCUGCCCUCCUGCCCUGCUCUCAGCAUCAGCAGCUUUGGAGGCGCCGUGCCGCGCGUCGCUGUGCAAAUAUCUGCCAUGGAUGUCGUGACGGCGCUCACUGCCAUCGCUCUCUGCAGCCUCAGCAAACACAUUUGAUCACCACCACCCGCGAGUUCUGACCUUCAAUCUUACACCCCCCACCCCCAGGGCUUCUGGCUGCUUCGUGCGCUCGUGUGACAGCGGCCACGGAUGCGCUGUGCUCCUCGUGCUCAGCAGGGCCAUCGCUGCCACCGCAGCCACCUCACCUCGCACGGCCGCUCUCUGCUCCACGCAACGACAGCCGGCCAACAAAACUCCUUUUCUGACCCGGUUGCUGCGCUUGCUGCCUCUCCAACACGUGCAAGACGAUGCUCCUGCCAUGGCAGCGGAGGCUGCAGGGCCCCAGGGCUGACGACAGCAGGACGAGGGGAAAUGGAUCCAAGUUGAAGGAGGGAAGAUUUCGGUUGGAUGUUAGGGGGAAGUUCUUUACUAGGAGAGUGGUUGGGCCCUGGAACGGGCUGCCCAGGGAGGUUGUGGAUGCCCCGUCCUUGGACGUGUUUAAGGCCAGGUUGGACGGGGUCCUGGGCAACCUGAUCUGAAUGUGGAUGUUUGGUGGCCCUGCUGGGCAGGGGGUUGGAACUGCAUGAUCCUUGGGGUCCCUUCCAACCCGGGUGAUUCUGUGAUUCUGUGAUUCUGUGAUUCAUAGGGGCACACAGGGCUGCCAUAGGGACACAGAAGCACACCAUAGGGACACAUAGGGACACCAUAGGGGCACACAGGGAUGCCAUAGGGACACGUAAGGUCGCCAUAUGGACACAUGAGGAGCUGUAGGGGCACACAAGGAUGCCAUAGGGACACAUGAGGAGCCAUAGGGACACAUGAGGAGCCAUAGGGACACAUGAGGACACCAUAGGGACAUAAAAGGAUGCUAUUGGGACACAUAAGGUCACCAUUGGGGCACAUGAGGACCCCAUAGGGGCACGCAGGGCUGCCAUAGGGACACAUAGGGACAGGUUGGACGGGGUCCUGGGCAACCUGAUCUGAAUGUGGAUGUUUGGUGGCCCUGCUGGGCAGGGGGGUUGGAACUACAUGAUCCUUGGGGUCCCUUCCAACCCGGGUGAUUCUGUGAUUCUGUGUGAUUCUGUGACACGGAUGAACAAGUGCAGGAAAGUCCUGGGCAAAGGUUGUGAGGUGCUUUGUGUGAGGAGAUGCAGAUGGACGAGGGCAGGGGCAGCGAGAGCGAGAGGAGCUGCAGCUGAAUGGCUGCGAGGAGCUCCUUUGUGUGGAUUUAUCUCAGGAUGGAGGCCAUCUCAGGGGGGGCUCAGUGAAUCCUGCUCAAGGCCCAUCCUUGUCACAAAGGCAGGAGAACAAGGAGGAUGAAAGAGGAACUGAAAACCAUGAGGAUAGAUUCUUGAUGAAGAAGAACAGAGGUUUCUAUCAGCAGAUUCCUCAUGAAGAACAGAGGUUUCUAUCAGCAGAUUCCUCAUGGAGCAGAACAGAGGUUUCUAUCAAGAUUCCUCAUGAAGAACAGAGGUUUCUAUCAGCAGAUUCCUCAUGAAGCAGAACAGAGGUUUCUAUCAGCAGAUUCCUCAUGAAGAACAGAGGUUUCUAUCAGCAGAUUCCUCAUGAAGAACAGAGGUUUCUAUCAGCAGAUUCCUCAUGAAGAGCAGAGGUUUCUAUCAACAGAUUCCUCAUGAAGCAGAACAGAGAUUUCUAUCAGCAGAUUCGCCAUGAAGAACAACAGAGGUUUCUAUCAGCAGAUUCCUCAUGAAGCAGAACAGAGGUUUCUAUCAGCAGAUUCCUCAUGAAGCAGAACACAG